AGACCCCGCCUUUAGUGGUAGCAUGUUCCUGCUGAAUCACCGACAAGCUGACUCUGGACAGUUUUACACAUCAAAAUGGCCUCCUCAUCCGUUGGAGAUAAUCAACUGCAGAGGAUAAUCAGAGAUCUGCAUGAUGCUGUGUUGGAGCUGAGUAAAGAACACAAGGAGUGUGCUGAACCUAUUACUGAUGACAGUUCCAACCUGCACAAGUUCUUCUAUAAACUGGAAUACCUGUUACAGUUUGACCAGAAAGAAAAAACAACCUUUCUCGGCCAGAGGAAAGACUACUGGGAUUAUUUCUGCGACUGCCUGAUUAAGAUCAAAGGGGCUAAUGAUGGCAUCCGUUUUGUUAAGUCUAUUCCCGAGCUAAAGACAUCACUGGGGAAAGGAAGAGCCUUCAUUCGCUACUCACUCGUUCACCAGCGCCUUGCUGACACAUUACAACAAUGUCUAAUAAAUCAGAAAGUCACAAGUGACUGGUACUAUGCGCGAAGUCCUUUCCUCAGGUCUCAUCUCACUGCUGACAUAAUCAACCAUCUCUAUGAGCUCAACCAAAUCCAAUUUGACGUUGCAGCCAGAGGUUAUGACCUCGACGCAGACUGGCCAACCUUUGCCAGACAAACGUUAGGCACGCCGGCUUAUUCAUGGAAGCCUCCCAGCCGCUGUUCGAGUGUCAACAGUCUGGUUAGCAGCUAUUCACACUCACAGGCACAGGAGUUUCUACCCAUCCCAGAUUUGAGUCACAAUCUCCUUGGUGAGCUGGGAGAACUGGGGGAACCAUCUCCUUGUAGCAUCGCAGAAAAUCUCCGCAUUGAGCUCGAUCAGUCUGAGCUCAGACAGCAAGAGCUUCUGGUACAGGUUCAGGAAUUAGGCAAAGAGGCAGCUGAACUGAAAGGAGUAAUCAAAGAGCUCAAAGGCCAGUUAUUAUUAACGCAGAAGUCCUCUGACGACACUCGAACAUCAGAUGCCAUAAGAAACUCAGAAGUAGGUAAACAAGAAGCAGAAAAUCACCUCCAUACCUGCAGGGAAACGGUGAAUAGUGAGCUGCAAGUCAGACUCACUGCAGCUGAGAACAGAAAUAUGGAGCUUUUGUCUAAAUUAGAUGAGGCUCUUAAGGAAAAGGGCCAGCAGACAGCUAGUUACUGUGACUCAGCAUGGAAAAUCCAAGAACUGCUGGAUAAACUCAAGACUGCUGAAGAGGAGAGGUUGGAAGCAAAGAGAGAGGCUGAGGACCGGGGGAGGCAUUCUGAGCGCCUGUCCCAGGAACUAAAACUCAGGGAGGACGAGUUGAAAAUCUGUGAGGAGAAGCUGGCUAAAAUAAAAGCAGGGGCUCGUGAAGAGCGAGAGGAGGCGCUCCGACGGCUGGAGGAGCUUCAGGGGGCGGUGGGUCGUAUUCAGGGGGCACUGACGUUGAAAGAGAAGGAGUCUGGAAACUUAAGAGCCCAGCUUCAGGACCUGCAAGCCUCACUGGAGUGUAGAGAGCGCCAGGCAGAGGAACUGAGGAAAAGACUGCAGGAAGAGAGGGAGGAGGUAGAGCAGAGAUGGAGUGCAAGUAGUAGCCAAAAUGAAGAAUUAGAAUCUGAGCUCGUGGACUUGAGAAAAGCACUGAAAAACAGAGAGAAGGAGCUCUCAAUAAGUUCAGAGAGAAUCAAACAUUUAGAGGAGCAGUUGGAGAAGCUAAAUGUUGACAAAGAAAGUCUGAGCUGUAAACCUGCUGAUAAUGAAUUAUCUUCUUGUGAUCAAAUUGAGAACCUUGAGGAGUACAAAAAUCAGUGCAGCGAUCUUAUUGAAAUAAAUGCUAAGCUACUUCAAACAGUUAGAAAGAGUGAAGAGAGCAUCAAUGAACUAGCUGAGAGCAAGGCUGCUUUGCUAGACCAGCUUUCUUCUUUGAGGGCCUCUGAGAAACACCUAAAGGAUAGACUAGAGAUGGCAAAGAUGAGCGUGGAAGACCGGGAGAAAAAACUUAUAGAUGAAAACCUGCAUCUGGAGGAGAUAAUUCAAAAGGCAAUUGUGCAAAAGGAAGAAUCUGAUGCUAAAUUAAAGAGGCUUGAGCUUGAGAACAGGGAGCUUACGGAGGCACAGUUUUUGGUGAAAAAAGAGUUAUCCACAACUCAUGAGGAAGUAGACAUACUCACUGCCAAAGCUUCAAAGUUGGAAAAGAACUUUGCUGUGUCCCAAAAAAGCCAAGCAGACUUGCUGGACAAACUUCAGGAAACUGAGACUAAGCUCAGAGAGCAGACUGUUCAGUGUGGGCUUCUUCAGGCUAGAGUAGGGGAGCUGGAGAACAGGACUGCAGAGCUGCACGACGAAAAAGGAGCAGCAGAAAGCAAUGAGAAAAUGCAAAAGCUCCAUGAUGAGCAUCAGACUUCCUCCAUGGAAACCAAAGAAGCUCCGUUCAGGCUGGUAAUAGCGGAGGCUCAGCUGGAGCUUAACUUGCGGGAGGUGCACAGGCUACAGGAGGAGGUGGUGGAGCUCAGAGCUCAGCUUAUGGCAGGAACAGAGGAGAGAAUGAAAGUUCAGGCCCUGCAGGAGGUGACGGAGGCCUCUAGAGAGGACCUCCGGGUCUUAGCUGAACAACUUAAAGCUCAGGUAGAGGAGCUGAACCGCCGCCAUGUAGAUGAAAUCCUGCGGUCCCGAGAACGUGAGGAAUCUCUUGUCCGUGAGCGUGAUGGUGAAGCUCAGGCCCGGGCAGGUCUGGCAGCUGAGAUAACUGCAUCCAGAGAGGAGCUACACAAACUGAAGCAACGUUAUGAUGCCUUAUGUGUGGAGAACAGCGAGUCCAGGGAGGCGCUGCACAGAGCCAACACAGAGACCGCUGAACUCGGUGUGCACGUGUGCAUGCUCACCGCUGAAAAUGAAGAGGCUCGCCUGCGAUGGGAGAGCUUGUCUACAAGGCUCCAAGAGCUGGAGGAGGAGGCAGCACAAGAAGCAGAGAGACUGAGCACCUGCAUUGAGCAGUUACGUCAGGAGAACCAGCAACUCCGCAGUCAGGUCUGUAUGGAGGGAGAUCUGUUGGAGACCAAGCAGCUCCUGCAGGAUAAGCUAAGCAAGGCCCAGCAGGAUGCUGAAGCUGUGCAGGAGACCAGCCAGGAGGAGAUUCAUACGCUACAGUUCCAACUCAGCAGCCAAGCAAUGAGCCACUCAAACGAAGUCCAGGCUUUGACUGAAACAUUAGAGGAAGCGAAAUUACAGGUGAAGACUGAACAGGGGAAUGUGGCCAGCCUGGAGAACAAAAUCAGAGAGCUAGAGACCCAGAAUCAGAGAUAUUGCCAACAGAUUGAGGAGAAAAACAUCCAGAUGGCCCAGUCUGAAAAUCUCAUCCAGCAGAAAGAAAAUGAGUUAAUCCAUCUGAAAGGGAAUUUAUCAAGGACUGAGGACAGACUAGCAGCAGCACAGCAGGCCUGUCAGGAGUUAAGUGAAAAUCUCCAGAGACUCACAAACGACAGGCAGAGCAUCGAUCUUAAGACAGCUGCCGAACUUGACGAUCUUUACCGAACCAAAAUCAAUUUGGAGGAAAGGCUUGUAGAGCUCAUCAGGGAGAAGGAUGCUCUCUGGCAAAAGACAGAUGCCCUGGAAUUUGAGCAGAAACUGCGGGAUGAGGAGACGGAGAGGGAUGUCAACUACUGUCUCGGCUGUCACAGUCAGUUCAGCUUUUGGCUCCGCAAGUACACCUGCAGACUGUGUGGGCGCCCUUUCUGUUACUACUGCUGCAGUAACACGGUGACCACACAGCAGGGUGGCAGUAAAGAGCGCUGCUGCCUGGACUGCUACAACCAGCACAGCGCAGUGGUUGAGCGCCACCCGCAGGAGGAACCGGUGAACAGCGCACCAGGGACGCCGUUCAGACGUUUGCUUCAGGCUGGAAGGGCUGUGACCGGUGCUGGAGGAGCAGAUGAAGGUGACAAACAGGACGAUGGUGUUUUUGACAUCAUCACAGAGGAGGAAGUGAGUGGCGUCUAUGACAGUGACUCCCACUCUCUUGCCACUGCCUGCUCUCCUGCACAUGGGCAGCAGGGGGCAGCACAACUAAGCAACAGUAACAGUGCAGGAGACCUCACAUCAGAGGACACAGAGGACCUCAGUACUGCUGUUCAGGAUGCAGAAAUCUGCCUGCUCAAGUCCGGAGAACGCACACUGUCUGCUGACUUCACCGUGGAUGAAAUCUCAUCUUUUGGGGACAGUUCUCGAGAGCUCUUCAUCAAGUCCAGCUGUUACAGCACCAUCUCCUUCACCAUAAACAGUCCAGGUCCCACUGUCACCUGGACAUUUACCUCUGAACCUAAGAGCAUCUCCUUCAGCGUGGUCUACAGGGACAGCGCAGACACUCCACUAGAGCAGGCUAAGGUCUUGAUCCCGCUGACCCGCUGCAACUCCCACAAAGAGACAAUCCAGGGAGAACUCAAAGUCCGAAACCCUGGAGAAUACACACUUAUCUUUGACAACUCCUUCUCCAGAUUCAUCUCAAAGAAAGUGCUAUAUCAUCUGAGCCUAGCCAAGCCUGUGGUCUACGAUGGAAGCGACCUCCUUUGAACUGAAGAGAAAGGAGGACGUUCAGGUGCAAAACUGACUUUUAAAAGCUAUUAUUCACCGAGUUCAGACUUA